AGCGGAAUGUCCGUGGAUGAGAAGCCUGAAGCCCCCAUGUAUGUGUAUGAGUCGACAGUUCAUUGUACCAAUAUCCUCCUCUGCCUCAACGACCAGCGGAAGCAGGAUAUCCUGUGCGAUGUGACUGUCCUGGUGGAGGGCAAGGAGUUCCGCGGGCACCGGUCCGUGCUGGCCGCCUGCAGCGAGUACUUCCUCCAGGCGCUGGUGGGCCAGGCGGAGAAUGGCUUGGUCGUUAGCCUUCCGGAAGAGGUCACUGCCAGGGGAUUCGCUCCAUUGUUGCAGUUUGCCUACACUGCUAAGCUGUUACUCAGCAGAGAAAACAUCCAGGAGGUCAUCCGCUGUGCCGAAUUCCUGCGCAUGCACAACCUCGAGGACUCCUGCUUUCGCUUCCUGGAAGCUCAGCUGCGCAGCGAGGAGGAUGGCUUGCUGCUAUGCCACAAGGUGGCGGCGGAUGUGAACAACUCGGAGGAUGAGAGCAUGCAGUCGGAGGCCGAGAGGCUGACCUCCCCAAAGGCGCGACGGUGCGCCGAUGCCCUCACCUCCUUUGGACACCCCGACGAUGAUCGGCUAGCUAUUGCCAUUCCCAGUAACUUCACAGAUGGCCGGCUGGACUUUGAUCGGCACGGAGCGUCAGACCUGCCGCGUUGCCCAAAGUACAGGAAAUACCAGUGGGCCUGCAACAAGCACAAUAAUGACACCUCCUCACACACCAGUACCUCAGGUUUUCCAAGCACAUUAAAGGAGAGCAGUGUUAGCGGGGCAGUUCCGGGUCAGGAUAGGCUGCCUUUGGCACAGAUCAAAGUUGAACCGCAGGCAGACGAAGAGGCCAUCUCAUUGUGCCUGUCAGGGGACGAGCAGGAAGUCAUGGAUAAGGACAGUGUGACAGCCAUGGAGAUGGACAACCCCAUAUCUGUGGAAAGAACCAAGAGAACCAAGUCCCCUUCCUGCCUCCGAGCCUUCUUCAAGAAAGGGGUGGACCUCCCCAGUCUGCCCAACACAUCACAGCAGCUAUUCGCCAACAGACUUGCCUGCCCCCAGGACAAAGGAAACUCUCAGGGAGAUCAUAAAAAAGACUUCGGGCCUUUCACUGGGGAGCUGUGUCUGUCUGUUACAUCCCCCAACGACGUGGACGGUUUCCCUGCAGGGUUGUCCCUCAAGUCCGCCUCCUGCGAUGGGGUCUGCAAACAGGAAACUGAGCUAGAUCGCCGUAGUGUCAUAUUUUCCUCAGGGGCCUGCAAACGUCUGGGAACCCCAGCACAUUCCUACCCCGGUGGGAACUCUUUGGAGAUGGAGCUCUCUGAGCACAUGCCAAAGGGCCUGUGGGCCGGAGCCAGCCAGUCCCUCCCCACCUCCCAGACCUAUUCUCCCAGCACCACCUCCACCGAGCCCCCACUCCUGUGCCGCCCACGACCCAACACCAGCUGCCCAGUGCCAAUCAAAGUGUGCCCGCGCUCGCCGCCUUGUGAGACACGCACCAGGACCUCCAGCUCCUGCUCCUCUUACUCCUAUGCGGAGGACGGCAGCGGAGACUCUCCCUGCAGCCUGCCCCAGUUCGAGUUCUCCUCCUCGCCAUGUUCCAACGUGGCACGCUGCCUCAACGUGGACCAGCAGGAGCAGAGUGUAGGCGGGGAUGCUCUUUUUAACCAGGUGCGGCCCAAGAUCAAAUGUGAGCAGUCCUACGGCACCAACUCCAGCGACGAGUCGGGCUCCUUCUCGGAGGGAGACAGCGAGUCCUGCAAUGUACAGGAUCGAGGGCCAGAGGUGAAGCUGCCUUUCCCCGUAGAUCAAAUCACGAAUCUUCCACGGAACGACUUCCAAAUGUUGGUGAAAAUGCACAAACUGACCUCGGAGCAGCUCGAGUUCAUCCACGACGUGAGGCGGCGGAGCAAGAACCGCAUCGCGGCGCAGCGCUGCCGCAAGAGGAAGCUCGACUGCAUCAUGAACCUGGAGUGUGAGAUCAGAAAAUUGGUGUGCGAGAAGGACAAGCUGCUGACGGAGAGGAACCAGCUGAAGGCGUGCAUGGGCGAGCUGUGGGAGAACUUCUCCUGCCUGUCCCAGGAGGUGUGUCGGGACGUCCAGCUGAGCCCCGAGCAGGUCCAGUCCCUGCACCACUACUGCCCCGUGCUGCGGCCCGCCAACGCCGCCCACGAGCCCAAGCCUGCCCCCGCCAACAACGCCACCACCACCAACAACACCACCAUCACCAACACCACCAGCAUCGACCUCACCGGCCGCUCGGCCUCGGCCACGCCGGAGCCCAGCUACCACGGGUCUCCGGACGACCCCUCGGAGAGCGAGCCCGACUCGGCGGUCAGGAACGGGGCGGAGGACAGGGAUAUGGACGGCCAGGACGCCGGCUUGUACACAAAGUCGGGGUUGUCCGUAGGGAAGUCCAACCAGGCGGUAACGGUGGAUUUUUGCCAGGAAAUGACUGACAAAUGUACAACUGACGAGCAGCCAAGGACAGACUAA